AGUUCAACCCAACCAUGCAAGAACAGGUGGAUUUAGACUUACUAACAUACGGAGAAUCAGAGGAUAUGGAAGUGAAUAUCCAACCACCAGAGACUGAGACACAACACACUGAGGAGAGACCUAGCAACAAGGGAGGCCAAACUAUCGAGUUAUCUUCCGAUGAUGAAGAGGAAAUAUGGAUAGAUCCUGAAACUUCCCAGGGGGAGCAUGGACAAGGGGAAGAGAUGGAAACCCCCUUCCCUGAGGUUAUCAGCUCGGAUACAACAGGGAUUAUAAAUCAGCCCAUCCAACCUCAAAUCAGCGGAGAAGACCUAAACUCUCAAGUAAUGUCAAGAGGUAUGGAGGAUGUACCAGUCAACAUUAAAGUAGAACCAGUAGCGGGAACCCCACCCCAAGAGAAGAGGGGAUACAACCGACGACCUCUUCCUCCUCCGAGAGAACCAAGGAUACACAGAUCUGCAUUUCAAUCAGCUUCAGAAAAAUUGGCAGCUUCAUAUAAGAGGAAGAAAUGAGGUC